ACAGCAGCAGCAGUAGCAGCAGCAACAGCUAUUACAGCAGCAAUGACUGAGUAAGCCUACUCAGGAGGAGGAGGAAGAAGAGGAGGAGAUCUGCCCCAAACCCUACAAGCAAGCCUUGCACACUUUUUUUUUUUAGGGGGUGGGUGGGUUUUGGUUUCCUUUUGCCUAACUUGGUGGACCUUGCAACGGCGUGGACCUUCUCACCAUGAGUGGAUCUUUUGAUAAGAAGAUCACCAGUAUUUUGACGGACAUCUCCAGCUCCCUGAGUUGCCAUGUGGCCACCAAGGACUCCCCUACGCUCCCCGAGUCGUCCAUCACGGAUCUGGGUUACUACAGUGCCCCACAUAACCAGCACGAGUAUUAUCCCAGCCAAACGUACACCCAGCCGAUGAACCAUUAUGCGUACCACCCCCAAUUUAACCUCAAUGGGAUUGGGGGUGCUGGGACGUACUCCCCGAAAUCUGAUUACCCCUACAGCACUUCCUACAGGCCAUAUGGAUCUUUCCGGGAUCAGCCAUUGCCCAGUCAAGAAACAGUCUCAGUGAAGGAAGAACCCGAGCCAGAAGUGCGGAUGGUCAACGGGAAGCCCAAAAAGAUCCGAAAGCCGCGCACGAUUUACUCGAGUUACCAGCUGGCUGCCUUGCAGAGGAGAUUCCAAAAGGCGCAGUACCUGGCGCUGCCAGAGAGGGCAGAGUUGGCCGCGCAGCUUGGACUGACCCAGACUCAGGUGAAAAUCUGGUUCCAGAACCGAAGGUCUAAGUUCAAGAAGCUGUACAAGAACGGAGAGGUCCCCUUGGAACACAGCCCCAAUAACAGUGACUCCAUGGCUUGCAAUUCUCCACCAUCUCCCACCCUCUGGGACAGUAACACCCACAACAACAACAACAGCAGCAACAGCAACAACAACCCAGCCAGUCGGAGCCAGCUCCCGCAGCCACUCUCCUAUAACUCCCCACCAAGCUACCUGGAGGAGCACAGCCCCUGGUACCAUCAUCAGAACCUGAGCGGGCCUCACUUACCACAGCAAGGACCUCCGCCCACUCCUGGCUCUAUGCAUCACCCAUCUCCGGGGCCUCCUCCCAAUCCUGGAGCGGUAUAUUAACCUCCUUUGCCUCCUCGAUGAAACCAGUGGAGCAGGAAAAAAGGAAUGAAGGAGAGAGAGAGAGAGAGAGA